AUUCUCACCAACUUGGCGUAUUCAAGAGACUCCGACGCUAUGCUUUCCGUGGCCCGCGUCCUGACCAAGCUCGUGGCCGGCCUCCUCAUCGCGCCGGCGCUCGUCUGCGCGCAGAGCGAGUCGUCCACGCAGCCCGCGACGAUCCCGCCAUGGAUCGCCUACGUGACGGGUGGCAUCUUGAUCGUCAUCGUCAUGUACUACUGCUGCCGAAAGCACAGCUUUGAAGACUCGCUGCAGCAGCCGCUGCUCGGCGGGCAGUACACGGAAGAUGGCCAACCGCUCACGCGCCAAGACGUGCAGGAAUCGAAGGAAGAAUUGGACCGCCAAUGGAAGUGCGAAGUGUGCGACUUUUCCAACAAACCGUCGACGUCGUCGUGCAUCUUGUGCGGUACAGACAAGGGCUUCAAGCUCGGGCUGGGCUCGCCACGGACGCCGCGCCGCAGUAUCUCGACGACCAACUUGAGCAAGUCGGACCUCCUCAACGCGGGCUCGUUCAACCGCCAGCGCUCGUUUGCGAUUCGCCGCCUGAACAUGCUCAAUUCGCGUCAGCGCGGCGCGCGCAACCGACAGGACUGGGUGCGCAAGGUCGGCGCGGACGGGAAGCGACACUGGGGCAAGCGCGAUCCCAUCGUUCCGAAUCCCGUCGCGCUCGAGGCGGCGCAUGGCGCGGAGCUCGUGCACCAGCACUCGCUCGCGUUCGUGUCGCAGCUCGCGCAGACACCGCGCCACCCCGAAGGGCGCAUGACGUUCAAAGAGUACCGCGAGGUCGACGCGUCCAUGGCGUCGCGCGGGUACGAGAUCUCGGCGCAGGACUUGGAGAUUCUCGAGCAAGUCGCGGCGCUGCCCUUCAAGGACAAGUACUCGUGGUUCCUCGAGCAAACGUCGUCUCUGAUCCGGCCGUGGGAAGACGGCCACCUCAAGAUGCGCGUUCACCGUGAAAACAUCCUCGUCGAGUCCAUGGAGCAGCUUCUCGGCGUGCAAAUGGAGCAUAUCCACAUGCCCCUUCGCAUUGAGUUUAUCGGCGAAGUUGCGAUCGACGCCGGUGGUCUCGAGCGCGAAUGGUUUGCGCUGGUGACGGAGAAGCUCUUUGACGAGACGAUCGGGCUCUUCAUGUGCGCCCACGUCGAGUCGCUGGCGUAUGUGAUCAACCCCAACAGCAUUGAAGCCAGUGCGGACCAUCUCUUGUACUUUCGCGGCGCGGGGCGGCUCCUUGGCCGUGCGCUCCUCGAAGGGCAGCUCAUGAAGGCGCAUUUGGCGCUGCCGGUGCUCAAGCAUCUCCUCGGCGUGCCGAUUUCGUUCAGCGACUUGGAGUUUGUCGACCACGAGGUCUACCGGAGCAUGAAGUGGAUGAAGGAAAACGACGGCGUCGAGGCGCUUUGCUUGGACUUUAGCGUCACGAACCGGAAGAUCAACGGCGACGUCGAGACGAUCGAUCUCAAGGAGAACGGCCGCAACAUUGAGGUCAACGACGCCAACAAGCUCGAGUACAUCUACCUGCGGCUGCGCUACAUCAUGCUCGAGAGCUUCUCGGAGCAGCUUCAGCACCUCAUGGCCGGCGUCUUUGAGGUGCUUCCGCAAGAACUCAUCUUGGUGUUUGACUACCAAGAGCUCGAGCUCGUCCUCUGCGGCGUGCCGUCGAUCGAUCAGGACGACUGGAAGGCGCAUACCGAGAGCUCGGAAGACAUGCCGCCGGAGCUCCUCGUGUGGUUUUGGGAGGUCGUUGGCGCCUUCUCGGACGAAGAGCGCGCGCGCCUCUUGCAGUUUACGACCGGCUCGUCGCGCGUGCCGGUCCAAGGCUUCAAGGCGCUCACGAGCUACGACGGCCGGAUCUGCCACUUUACGCUCAACACGGUCGCGUACCCCGAGCACACGUUUCCGCGCGCCCACACGUGCUUCAACCGCAUCGAUCUGCCCAAGUACAAGUCCAAGCAAGAGCUCGAGAACGUGCUGACGCUGGUCGUCAACAUGGAGGUCACGGGUUUCACGGACGAGUAA